GAAGAGGUUUAAAACAGAGUUUAGCAGUGUGUUCCCCAGCUCUCAUCCAGAGAAAGAAGAAAUGAAAAGUCUGCAGCUUCUCCUAUUGUUGCUUUCUUGUACCAUCAUCACCCCAGCAAAUACAUAUGGAGGAAAGAAAAAAGAGGUACUUGGAUCACAGAAUCAGCACACUAAAUCAAAGAAAGAUCAACAGAACUUCAAAACCAAAUUUCGACUCUAUAGAGAUACAACUGAAGAAGGCUGCCAGAUUUUUUUUAAUCAAUUGGAGACUCUUGACAAAUGCAGUUUCAAUGCCUCUCUUCCUCUGGUGAUAAUAGUCCAUGGUUGGUCGGUGGAUGGAAUAUUAGAAAGUUGGAUUUCAAAAAUGGCAGCAGCUCUGAAGUCUCAGCAUAAACAAAUCAAUGUGAUCAUUGCAGACUGGCUUAUACUUGCUCACCAGCACUAUCCCAUUGCUGUACAGAAUACACGCUACGUAGGACAGGAGAUAGCAGACUUCCUGGAAUGGCUGGAGGAGUCUGUUCAAUUUUCCAGAAGCAAUGCUCAUCUCAUUGGGUACAGCCUAGGAGCUCAUGUUUCAGGAUUUGCUGGAAGUUACAUCAGUGGUACAAACAAGAUUGGAAGAAUUACAGGUCUUGACCCUGCUGGUCCCUUGUUUGAAGGCAUGUCACCAACUGACCGUUUGUCUCCAGAUGAUGCAAACUUCGUGGAUGCAAUUCAUACCUUCACAAAACAGCACAUGGGGCUCAGUGUUGGCAUCAAGCAGCCUGUGGCUCAUUUUGACUUUUAUCCCAAUGGAGGCACCUUCCAGCCUGGCUGUCACAUCAUACACGUGUAUAACCACAUUGCACAAUAUGGAAUCACUGGCAUCACUCAAACUGUGAAAUGUGCCCACGAAAGGUCAGUUCAUUUGUUCAUUGACUCUCUGCUUCACAAGGAUAAACAAAUCACAGCAUACUGGUGCAAUGACAUCAACACUUUCAACAAAGGAUUGUGCCUCAGCUGUCGAAAGAACCGGUGCAACACACUGGGCUACAACAUCAGGGAAGAAAAGCUCCCAAAAAGUAGACGACUCUUUCUGAAAACAAGAGCACAGAUGCCUUUCAAAGUCUAUCAUUAUCAGUUCAAGAUCCACUUCAUCAGUGAAAUCCAAGACAAGCAGAUAUACCCAUCUUUUACUAUCUCUCUGACAGGCACAAAGGAAGAUGCCAAAAACCUGCCCAUCACAGUACUCGAAGGUAUUAAUGGGAAUAAAACCUACUCUUUUCUCAUCACCCUGGACAUUGACAUUGGUGAGCUAAUAAUGGUCAAGAUCAAAUGGGACGGAACUGCAGUUUGGCAGAACAUCUGGGACACAGUUCAAACCAUAAUACCAUGGACAAAGGGCACCCGUCGAACAGGACUUAUAGUGAAGACAGUAAGAGUGAAAGCAGGGGAAACACAGCAAAAACUGACAUUUUGCUCUCAAAGCAUUGACAACCUUCACCUUCAUCCAGCACAAGAGAAAACGUUUGUGAGGUGUGAAGAUCAGUUUCAGAAACAAAACAGAAAAUAAGCAAGAACACAAGAUAUCUCCUGACCGGGAUACAUCAAGAAUACUAAACAUCUAUUAAAAUGUUUUAAAAAUACAUCUCCAUGCAUACAUUCAUACCCUGAUUUCAGAUAGUGAAGAAACUACAUGAGAAUAAUUUAGAUUUUUCUGAUGCAACAGUAAACUGAAAUAUGUGCUUUGUUCAUCUAUGACCUACUCCCAAAGUGAUCAGUGAGCAAUUCCAAUGGCACCUCUCCAUUUUAAUUUGUUUGGUUUUAAAAAACACCAGCUCACUAUAAGUGAAAAUACCACUAUGUGAAAGAAUCAGUGCCACGAGCCUUUGAAAAAUUUCAUUUUGUUCUAUUCAAGGGAAAAAGAGGAGCCACACUUCCCAUUAAAUAUUUUGAAACACAAAUAGUGACUACAAUCAGGAGUUAAACCUUUCCUAAAUUAUUUCUUAAUGAAGAGGAAGUUAAAUAAUUCGUAGAAGAAAAUAUUCCAAAAUAGAUAACAUUGUCUCAUUAAGUUUUUUACUUCAUAAUGUUCAAAACCCCCAAACCACCUCAACAUACAGAACACUUGAGCUAUCCAUUAGAACCCCUUGACAAGCCAAAUAACGAUGUCACCUAAAAAUGUUUCAAUAAACUUUGUCCUAGAAGAAAAUGCUUUGCUGUUUAACUAUUAUAAUUAAAAUACUGAUUUAAAUUACUAGUAAUUUCUUUCAAUGAUGCAUAGCAUACUACAUGCUAAGUUCAGUUCACUUCUGCAUUAAAAUCACAUUUAUUUGUUCAUAUAAGGCCUGAGAUUUUUAAAGCACUGUAUAACAGAUUUUAGCACAAUUUGAAACCAAAUGACUCUCAAACAACUGUAGUGCAUAUAAAGAAGCUUUAGAAAUUCAAACAUGCAACUCCCUUGCUUCCUAUGUCAGAAUAUAAGCUACAUAAAGAAACAUUGUGUCCCAUUAUUUCUGUUUUAAAGGUAGUGCAUACAGGAAGAGAAAUCAAUAUGUAUGUCAGAGCAUUUGAUUUGUCACUUUGCAAUGCUAACCACAAAAGCCAUUAAAAUUAUGUUUCUAAAACUUGAA